UGCAGAUACCACACCAUCAUGUACACAAUGCGGACGCACGAUGAAUGAAUUUAAAAAGCUAAGAAAAAUACUUAUGAAGCAGAAUGCAAUGGUGGUGGAAACCUUAACUAAUCAGUCAUCACUCAUCAAAAGGAUUAUUCGCCAUGAAACGGUAUCGAGUGAAGUGAUAGAUGAAUUCCCGAUAAACAAUCAAGAGGAAUUAAUUGAUUUAGAUAGUAAAAUUAAUAAAGAAAAUCGCGAUGGCUACGUCGCGGCAAUCAAAACGUUGAUACGAAAUCAAAUUCAAAAGAAUAUUAAGAAUGUCUUAGCUGAAAGCGUCAUUGUAGACUUCAAUUUAGAUGGCACACAUGGCAAGGGACGCCUAAAGGAUUACAAAGACUUUUACUGCGUUUUAAGAGAAGCCGUGGAGUCCGACGAACCCGACAAAUGCAUACGCCAGGCUAUGCAAAAUGCAAAGAAGAGACAUUUCCAAGCCGUUAGUGCAUAUAAUAAAAAAGUUAGAGUUAUAGUUAAAGCAGAUUAAUUAAAGAUUUACUAUCAGAAUUAAAAUGAAAUGUGUAUGAUUUUUAAAAACACUCGAAUAUUUAUUUUCUAUUUUCAGUGCCGAUUGAUUUAAAUUUUAAAAGUUCUUGAGUUUGUAAAAAUAAUAAACGCAAAAUUGUCUUCAUUUAUCAACGAAAAAUUAAUAAAUACUUAAUUGUUGUGGUGGAUGCAGGAGUUGAAUUGGAAUUGAAAUACUAAACAAGAGGCAAAAAUAUGCAUUCAGCUAUGCAAAAACGGAAAAUGCAGAUCAAUAGAACUUUCUAUGUUCGUUUCAACCAUGCAAAAAUUUGGCACAAGUAAAUAAAAACGUUCUAGAGCGUUAAAGUUAAAUUGUAUGUAUAUACUUAGGGACCUGCACGAGUAAGUAAAAAUAUAACCAGUUAAUAAUCGCCGAUUAUGAAUAGAAACGAUGU